GUUCUCCUCGAUCGUUCAUACAUCCCCUCAGAAUAAGUUCUCUUUUUCCUCCUCGAUCGUUUCCAUUAGCUAGCUAGGAAAGCCAAGAAUAAUGGGGGUGAUCAGAUACUUCAUUGUUUUUCAGUUCCUCAUUUUACUUGCUUUGUCCUCAGCCUUCCAUGGCAAGAAACAGCAUAUUCCAUGCAAGCACUUAACCUUAUACUUCCAUGACAUCAUAUACAACGGCAAAAAUGCUGGUAAUGCCACAUCCGCCAUUGUUGCAGCUCCAGAAGGAGCAAACUUAACCAUCUUGGCAGGCCGAUUUCAUUUCGGGAACAUCGCAGUUUUCAACGACCCCAUUACCCUCGACAACAAUCUUCACUCAGAGCCUGUUGGCAGGGCUCAGGGCCUUUACUUGUACGACACAAAGAACACUUUCACAGCUUGGCUAGGCUUCACGUUUGUUCUUAAUAGCACAGACCACCUAGGCACUAUAAACUUCAUUGGAGCUGACCCAAUAAUGGUGAAGGCUAGGGACAUCUCUGUCGUGGGUGGGACAGGAGAUUUCUUCAUGCAUCGUGGUAUUGCGACUAUAAUGACUGAUGCAUUUGAAGGAGACGUCUAUUUCAGGCUCCGGGUCGACAUUAAGUUCUAUGAAUGUUGGUGAAUUGAGAUCAUGUUAUAGAAAUGAUCAUUUUCGUUAUGGCUAGGGUUUCGUUAUUACUCUAAUUAUCACGAUCUCUAGAGAUGUAUUAAUUUA